UCUUGUUCCCAACAUGGAGCCCAGUAAAAAGAUGGACUCCCCCGGCUCCCUGCAGACCAACCCCCUGCUGAAGCUGACUUCUGACCGCAGCACCGGGGCAGCUGUGUUUGUCCCCGAGCAAGGAGGUUACAAGGAGAAGUUUGUGAAGACCGUGGAGGACAAGUACAAGUGUGAGAAGUGCCGCCUCGUCCUGUGCAGCCCAAGACAGACUGAGUGUGGACACCGCUUCUGUGAGACCUGCAUGGCUGCCCUGCUGAGCUCCACCAGCCCAAAGUGUACUGCGUGUCAAGAAGGCAUCGUUAAAGAUAAGGUAUUUAAGGAUAAUUGCUGCAAGAGAGAGAUCCUAGCUCUUCAGAUCCAUUGUCGGAAUGAAAGCCGGGGCUGUGCAGAGCAGCUGACACUGGGACAUCUGCUGGUGCAUUUAAAAAACGAUUGCCAGUUUGAAGAACUUCCAUGCAUCCGUGCUGACUGCAAAGAAAAAGUAUUGCGGAGAGACCUCCGGGACCACGUGGAAAAGGCCUGCAGAUACCGCGAGGCCACGUGCCAUCAUUGUAAAUGCCAGGUUCCAAUGAUCACCUUGCAGAAACACGAGGACACCGAGUGCCCCUGCGUGGUGGUCUCCUGCCCACAUAAGUGCAGUGUCCAGACACUUCUGAGGAGCGAGUUGAGUGCACACUUGUCAGAGUGUGUCAAUGCCCCCAGCACCUGUAGUUUUAAGCGUUAUGGCUGCGUUUUUCAGGGAACAAACCAGCAGAUAAAGGCUCAUGAGGCCAGCUCGGCUGUCCAGCACGUGAACUUACUGAAGGAGUGGAGUAAUUCCCUGGAAAAGAAGGUUUCCUUGCUGCAGAAUGAAAGCGUAGAGAAAAACAAGAGCAUACAAAGUUUGCACAACCAGAUAUGUAGCUUUGAAAUCGAAAUUGAGAGGCAAAAGGAAAUGCUUCGAAAUAAUGAAUCCAAAAUACUGCACUUACAGCGAGUCAUAGACAGCCAAGCAGAGAAACUGAAGGAACUGGACAAAGAGAUCCGCCCCUUCCGGCAGAACUGGGAGGAGGCUGACAGCAUGAAGAGCAGUGUGGAGUCCCUGCAGAACAGAGUGACGGAGCUGGAGAGCGUGGACAAGAGCGCCGGACAGGCAGCACGUAACACAGGCCUGUUAGAGUCCCAGCUGAGCCGGCAUGACCAGAUGCUGAGUGUCCAUGACAUCCGAUUAGCCGACAUGGACCUGCGCUUCCAGGUCCUGGAGACCGCCAGCUACAAUGGAGUGCUGAUCUGGAAGAUCCGCGACUAUAAGCGACGGAAGCAGGAAGCCGUCAUGGGCAAGACCCUGUCUCUCUACAGCCAGCCUUUCUACACCGGCUACUUUGGCUAUAAGAUGUGUGCCAGGGUCUACCUGAACGGGGACGGGAUGGGCAAGGGGACGCACUUAUCGCUGUUCUUUGUCAUUAUGCGUGGCGAGUAUGACGCCUUGCUCCCCUGGCCAUUCAAGCAGAAAGUGACGCUCAUGUUGAUGGACCAGGGAUCCUCGCGGCGCCAUCUGGGAGACGCUUUCAAGCCCGACCCCAACAGCAGCAGCUUCAAGAAACCCACUGGAGAGAUGAAUAUUGCAUCCGGCUGUCCAGUCUUUGUGGCCCAAACUGUUCUAGAAAACGGGACGUAUAUUAAAGAUGAUACGAUUUUUAUUAAAGUCAUAGUGGAUACUUCGGAUCUGCCUGACCCCUGACCAAUAGCCAGGGAGAUGGAUUAGCAGAAGGUAACUCCGUUGGGGGUGUUGAAGUGGUCUGUCUUCACUGAGGCCCUGGCGUCCGUCCCCAAGGGCCUCGUGGACUGGCGGAAUGGUGAAGGCGGCCUGUGGCCUACAGGAGGAGCCCGUGCCCACACAUCCUGACCUGUUUUCUAAGUCUAGCAACACUCAGCUCUGAAGACCCAUCUGUCUGUCCUCCCAGGAGGUAAAUGUCAUCAUCACAGGAGGCUCUCAUUGUCAUUUCUAAAGAUCUAGUUAAGUAAGGUGGAAAACAUAUAUGUUAAACAAAAGAAACAUGAUUUUUCUUCCUUAAACUUGAACACCAAAAAAAAAAAAAGAAAAAAACCCACGUGGGAUAGCUGGACAUGUCAGCAUGUUAAGUCAAAGAAAAAUUUAUGACGUAAUUAUGCAGUUCUGAUAUAUUCAUCUAAAAAUCAAGAGUGCCAUCUUGUUUCAAAUAUAGUCUAUUGUCUAUUCUGAAGGCCUC